CGAUCUGGCAGCGCCACACGAAAAUGGCGAACACGAGCACUCCGAUGAACGACGAGCUGAAAAAAUAAUUAUUAUUUUAAAUUCCGUUUUGCCAGCGAAAUUCGGUGUGCGUGCGCGUAAAAAGAGUGCGGAAAAGCGCGGUGGGAAAUUUUUAGCAGCGCAUUAUGAAGCGGUCAAAGUGCGGCGCCAAUCGAAAAUGGUUAGUCCAAUAAAAAUUAAGCAGCGACAGCGUGCCAGCCAAGAAAAUCAAAAAGAAUAAAAUUAAAGUUUUUUGCUUUGCGAAUUAUGAAAAACCAAUCGCAAUGCUUGUGUGUGUGUUCGUGUGGUGCUGCCCGCGCGCGUGUGUGCGUGAGCGAGCGUAGAAGCAGAAGGCGCAGCGAAAAAUAAAAAUAAAAGCGAACAAAUUAAUAAAAAAAAAAGUGAACAAAACGCAAAGAGCGAAAAAAAAAACAAGAGAAGCAGCAGCAAAAACAACACAAAACUGGCGGUAAAUACGCAUGCAGUACGAAAAAACAACAACAAAACGCAACGUAACGGGAACUCUUUGACGUAUUUCCUCUAUUAUUAUUAUGCAAAAAGGCAGGCGGCAAAUUGCAGCAGCAGCGAAAAUCAAAUAUAAAUAGCGAAAAGCUGGAUAAAGCAUAUACACAGCGUGUUGAAUACGUUACAGUAGCGCGGCAAAAAUAAACAAAAGCCAGGGAAAGGAAUUCAUCAAGGAAGCUAAAAAGAAAAUCCAUUAAAAAUGGCUGCGGUACGAGGACAUCAGUAUUUCAGCCUGCGCUGGAAUAACUAUCAGAAUACGAUGACGUCAGUGUUCCAGCAGCUGCGCGAGGAUCUAUCCUUUGUGGAUGUCACAUUGUCCUGCGAACACGGAUCCCUUAAGGCGCACAAGGUUGUCCUGUCCGCCUGCUCGACAUACUUUCAAAAACUAUUGCUCGAGAACCCUUGCAAACAUCCCACGAUCAUCCUGCCCGCCGACAUAAUCUUCACUGACCUGAAAACCAUCAUUGAUUUUGUUUAUCGCGGUGAAAUCGACGUUACCGAAUCGGAAUUACAGGGCCUCUUGCGCACCGCCGAGCAGCUAAAGAUCAAAGGCCUCUGCGAAACCGCCGAGAACGCGGAUGACCUCAACGACGCGGCCACAGCAACAAUCACUGUUUCAGAGAACAUUCAGCAGGCGGUCGUUGGUAAUAUUGUGAACGCGACCAUAGUUCCCGGAGCUCCGUCGCCCUCCUUGGAACAGCAGCAGCAACACCACCAGCAGCAGCAACAGCAGGCCCAGGAGCAACAUCAGCAGCAGCAACAGCAGCAGGUGCAUGCCCAGCAGCAACAGCAGCAACAAAUCAACGCUGCCCUGCUGACGCAACACGGAGUGCCCAGCGGAAGUGUUUCCCUAUCCGGGCAAUUGCUUAGCUCCUCGGCCAGCGGUAGCAGCGGAAGCUCAGCCGGCGGACAGCAGGCUCCACAGACGCCAUCCGGUUUGCAGCCGACGCCACGCAAGUCUCGACUUAAGCGCUCCAAAUCGCCGGACUUGCCAACGGGCGGAGGAGCAGGAAGCUCUGGAGGCUCCAGCAGUUCAUCGUCGCAGCAGCAGCAACCCCAGCCGGCGCACCACCACCACCCGCAGACCAUUCUUAUCCAGGGCCAAAAUCCAAAUUCUAUUGUGAGCCUGCAGCAGACGGCCGACGGCAAUUACAUACCAGUGCCAGGAACUGGAGACGAUUCAGACGUAGAGGAUCACGACCACGAGCACGAGCACGGCCACGGACACGGGCACGGAGGACAUUCGCACGGACACGGUCACGGCCACGAUCACAGUCACGAUCACGAGCACGAGAACAAGCCGAAUAAGAUCUGCAAGACCGAGCAAUCGGUGGCCUCGCCGGCGUCUAAUUCAUCCAGCGCCUCAAACAAUGCAGCGGGCGUGAGCGGCGUGACAUCCACCGGCCAAGCCAUCGUCACACAAAUUGUAGUAGCGCGCGACGGAAAAGAUACAAAAAAUAUGACUAGUUUAGGCAUGGGCAUGAACGGCGGCCUGUUGGGCGUGCCCAUGGGAUUCCUGGACUUCACACCCGAGCCACCAGCACCAUCCGCCACCCCAGUCACCGUCACGGAGCACGUCGAUCUGUCCUGCAACCCCAGCACGGACACGCGCGAUCUAUCAAAUCCCACCGAACCGCUCGAUAUAGACAAUCAUCUGGCCCAGCAGAUCCAUCGGCUCGAUCAGUCCCCCAUGCACUCGAUAUCUCAUCACCACACUGGCGAUGAGAGCAACUCGAAUCUGGUGCAGCACAUCAAGAGCGAGGUGAUCGAGGCCAAGCACCUGGCAGCUGCCCAGCAGCAUGCACUUAGCCAGGCCCAGCAGCAACAUGCCCAUCACCAAGCCCACCAGCAGCAGCAACACCAACAACAGCAACACCAACAGCAUCAGCAACAGCAGCAGCAGCAGCAUAUCCAUGCCCAGCAGAUGUUGGCCCAAAGUCAGGCCCAGUUGCAGCAACAACAGCAGCAGCAGCAACACCACCAGCAGCAACAACAGGCUGCAGCAGCUGGUGUGCACGGCCAGCAUGGGGGACAUGUGACGCACGCCGACAUCAGUGGUGCCACAGUCAUGGAGAUUGAUCCGAGCCAGAUUAAACACGAGCCGGGCAUGAUAAUAACGCCAGAGAUUGUCAACAUGAUGUCCUCAGGGCAUAUGGACAUGUACAAUUCGGACACGAGCGAGGAUUCGAUGAUGAUCGCCAACGGCUCGCCGCAUGAUCAGAAGGAGCCACACUAUACGAAUUUGGACCAGCAACACGGGCUGGGUGGCAGCGUUUGCGGCCCGGGGCCCGGCGGUGCUGGUGGUGGUGGGGGCAUGAGUGGUGGGGCUGGCUCUGGCUCUGGCGAGAAAGGUCAGUUUAAUGGUCCCAAAGCUUGGACACAAGAUGAUAUGAAUUCAGCUUUAGAUGCAUUAAAGAACCAAAACAUGAGCCUGACGAAAGCGUCCGCCAUUUAUGGCAUCCCAUCGACCACCCUGUGGCAACGUGCUCAUCGCCUGGGCAUCGAAACGCCCAAGAAGGAGGGCGGCACCAAGUCGUGGAACGAGGAUGCCCUGCAGAAUGCCUUGGAGGCGCUGCGUUCGGGUCAGAUAUCCGCGAACAAAGCGUCGAAGGCUUUCGGCAUCCCCUCCUCGACGCUCUACAAGAUUGCCCGGCGCGAGGGCAUCCGCCUUGCGGCGCCCUUCAAUGCCGCCCCAACCACGUGGACGCCCGAGGAUCUGGAGCGAGCCUUGGAGGCGAUACGGGCGGGUAAUACAUCAGUGCAGAAAGCCAGCGCUGAGUUUGGCAUACCCACAGGAACACUUUACGGACGCUGCAAACGGGAGGGCAUUGAGCUGUCGCGUUCGAAUCCAACGCCCUGGUCCGAGGAUGCCAUGAACGAGGCCCUGAACUCAGUGCGCGUUGGCCAAAUGUCCAUCAACCAGGCGGCCAUUCACUAUAACCUGCCCUACAGCUCGCUCUACGGCCGCUUCAAGCGCGGGAAAUACGACGUGGUGGCCAACACGAGUGGCGUGGCGCUCCUCAACACCUCGGGCAACACCACCGGCAGCAUUGAGAUUAUCGAGCACAGUCAGGAGAAUUCGUUGCAUAUGUUACAGCAACAGUUCCCGUACAGCCCCUCGCCGCAUCCGCCAACUCCGCAGCACCACAGUACGCCACAGCACCACAGUACGCCGCAAGGUCCUCCGACGACGCAACACAUGCAACAGCACGUGGUGCACAUGCAACAGCAGCAGCAGCAGCAACAGCAGCAGCAGUCGCCCCACCCGGGUCACCAUCCGCAGCACAUGCAGCAGGAUGUGGUUACAUCGAGCAGUCAGGUGGUGCACAGCCAGCAACAGCAGCAGCUUCAGCAGAUCUAUCAGCACCACGGGACGCCGGAGCGUAGUUGAGAAUCACUGCAUGCUGCGGCAAUAAUGGGCAGCACCGGUGGUGGGGGAGCAGGAGGAGCCAGUACUAGUGGCAGCACGGCGGCUAGUAGCACACCCUUUGCCAGCAUAUCGGCGCUGGUCAGCGGACCGAACAGUGCCCCACCACCACCAGUGGCUCCCAGUGGCUCGUCGGCAGUCAGUGGCGGCACCAGCAAGCGCAAGAAAGCCAACAAGCAAAAGCGUUGAGAGCAGGAGGAUCAGCCACAUGGGUUGGAAACCAUCGCCGGAGUGGCCAGACCCGAGGACAUCAAGUUUAGAUUUAAUUGCAAGCACUGGAAGCGCAAGCUUCGGCAGUUUCAUUUGCUAUUGUCCAAACAGUAGUCAAUCAGUCAGUUAGGAAGAUAUAUGAAUGACCCACAGACAAAUAUUCCCAAGGGUAGGGCAAACCAAUCACAAAAACACUUUUGAACUAGAUGGACAUUAAUUACACAAUCGAGAUGUGUAUAAAAUGUAAAUACAUAACGAAAUAUGCUUUAUCUACAUUAUACGGAAAAUAGUUAUAUAGAUAUUAGGUUUGCAAAAGUCCUUUGUUCUAGACAAGUAAGUUGGAGAAGAGAGAGAGAUAUACACAUACCUAGAUUGUAAGAAAAAAAUGAAUUUUAGAUUUGCCUAGACUCGAAAGAUAAUGAAUUCGUUUUGGGCUCGCAGUUUUAAGAGCACUUUGUUAUUAAUGGACAUGGACACGGGUAUAUAUUUUGGGCUCGUGACCAUUCUGAAAACCUUGAACUAGGACCUAAUAGUGGAAACCCUAUUCUAGAUUCCGUUUGCCCCUUCUGCGUUUUGUUAUAAUUUUCGCUUAGUGUGAGACUGAAAGUGCCCCUAAAACUGUAGAAACCCAAGCCCAAAACUAUAGUGAAAACGCAUACAACACAACCCAUACAUGAAUCAAAUGCUUUAUAACCAUAUUGUUUGAACGAAAAGAACGAAGGGGAGAAUACCUUAAUGUAGAAUUAAACCAAAUUAUCAAGGUCCUAGAAAUUAAACUCAUUAGCUUGUAAUGACAACCGCAAACAGAUCAGAUAAGAAAGAAAAACAAGAGUUAUUUGAAUUUAAGUGGUGGCGCCCUGAAUCAACCAAUAUUGAUUUGAUUUCAACUGAAUUAAGAAUAUAGCCAAUACAUAAUUUUAGAAAUGAAGUAAUUGCAAGGAAACAACACAUGGAAUGUAUUUUUGAUAAAAGCAGAAACUAAAGCAGCCGGAAUAAGCAAAUCGAACUGCAAAUGUUGUUAAUGUUAAGCUCUAAAUAUUGUCUUUUCAAAAUCACAUUCAAAGCAAAGAUUUGAAGCAAGCAUGUAAGAGAAAUCAACCAAUAAAUACGCACGUAUAUAUAUGGAUGCAAAACACCUCUAAGUGAACUGUAAAAUUGUUUAGUGUAGCAGCGAACGAAAGUUGUUAUAAUAAACCUUUUUUCUUUAAAGAACACUUUAUUCAAGCAGCUUUAUGUUGCCCCAGGAAAUGUCGUAGAUCUAAUAGUAUCUAUAUCAAAAAUCGGAAAUGAAAUCUACAAGGAGAAAAACUAUAUUCAAAAUUUUGAAAUUAGACGUUAAUAAGGAAAAAUGUAUAAUAGCUUCCACUAGCGUAUCUACAUAUUUAGGAAACGAGAAAUUUAUACUUUAAACACCCAUCUGAAGUAACUUCAACUAUUUUUGGUUUCAUCUCAACUAUACGUGUGCGGAGAACACUUUGAAAUCUUUGUAAAUACAUUUGAAUAAUUUCUUUAGUUGUUAGUUGUGUUAGGGGAACAGGUAUCUGAAAAUUACAAAAAUCAAAUGUUGCAAAUUAAUUUAUUUUAGCGUUAUAGACCCGUAGAACUGAAUGCAAUAUGCUUACCUUAAACUCAACAUAAUUUAAUUCUAUUCCUAUUAUCUUUAGUUGGAUUCAUUUUAAUGUUUUAUAGCAAAACUGUAUAUCAUUGUAAAUUAAUUAAAGCAUACGAAGUAGCAUCUACAAGAGUUAAAUCAACAAUAAAACAAAAAAUAUCAUUAUAACCUUGUUAAAAUUGUCGCAAGAGCAAUUAAAAAAUGAACCCAGCAACUUGAAGAAGAAUCGAAAAUGAAGGCGAAUCACACGUAAAAAUAAUAAAAUAUUACAUUUAAAAUUUUAAGCUAACUAAAUGUGUAAGAGUAACCUUUAACCACACAAUAUUAUAGCACAUUUUGGAUUAUCAAAUAUGCAUAUACAGCAAAUAUCUAUUAUAAACGGUAAAUGUAAACCCAAAAAGAAACACUGAAACAAUCUAUGUAACAGCCGAAAUAGCGAAAACCCAUGUAAUAAACAAACAACAUUUAAUGUAAUAUUGGUAUAACGUAAUUUUUAAAGUGAGGUACUAUAAAUAAAAAUUAUUAAAUAAUAUUAAA